UUAGCAAUAUAUUUUGCCUUUUAACAAACUUCGGAGCUACUGUAUUUUCUUCUGCUGAAUUUGGCAGUUAUAAGGUGUGUGAUAACUGCAUUUGAACUGUCUGAAAAGGCACAUCCCUCCUGUCCAUUUAUGUGGAAGAAAUGUUGUUCUCCUUUACAUUUGACUUUCUACAUUUAACAUGAACAUUAGGGAAGAUUGUGCAACAGUAGAGCAGACUGCUCUUUUAUUUUGGUGGCUAUAGCUGCUGGUUAUCUUUACUUCAAGAUAAAGUCUCAUUUUCUUCCUGUUACUAAUUUACUAUUCAACUUGAACAAGAUAUUUGUUUUUUGACAUGUUGGAUGAAGAGUCGAAGUUGUAGAAAGGAAGUUGUUUUGUUAGCUCUUUCCCAUCUCCUCCUCCUACCAUAUUGCUUAAUGGUUCUUUGACAUUUUUUAAUGGAUCACAAACAUUUUACUAUUUUAAAUUCUCUUGAAAUCUGUGGCUGAAUUAAUGGGACAAGGAGUGUAGUCCUGGUGAAAGAUAGCAAUCCCCUUAUUAAGAUUAAUGGUAGAUCAGAAUACUUGGAUGCCGUAACCCUCCCAUGCCGUAACCCCUAACCUAUGCUCACGGCUGCCGGCACCUCCUUCUCUCCUGACUCCUCUCGGCCUCCCACCUCACCUCCCCUGCAACCUCCUCCCUCUGACUCCCGAUCCUAUGCCUCUGUAAUCACCUCCUCCACCCCCUCUAUUACUCCCUUUUUCUCCUCCUCCCCUGCGACUGGACACACCCUUUACUUUCAUCCUCCGAUCGUUCAUGAUUCCUCCCCUAUCGGCCUUUGCCCUCCUGGCCUAUUGGAUUCUGAGAUCCUUAAGUGGAAGAACUGCAUAAUUGGUACAUUCCUUGGAAGCCGACCUCCUUUCUCUAUGGUCAAAUCUUCCCUGCUGAAACAAUGGAAGCCGGUGCGCACCUUGUCUAUCUUCAUGCUUGACAAUGGGACCUUCGUCUUCAACUUUGACGCUGAUUCGGACAAAGUUUUCACCAUCGAUGGGGGCCCCUGGUACGUUGGGAGGAAACCCGUAUUUGUGAGGCAAUGGGAUGCUCACAUAUCCUUCAGCAAGAAUGAGCCUUUAACCAUUCCUCUGUGGGUCUCUUUCCCCAAUCUUCCCCUCCAUUUCUGGUGUGUUAAGGGGCUCAGUAUUGUUAGCUCCCUCAUCGGCAAGCCACUAUAUUCAGAUAUAAGAACAAAAAAAAUGGACAGAUUAUCUUUUGCCCAAGUGUGCAUCGAAAUUCAAGCUGGAACCGACCUCCCCUCCUCUGUCACAGUAAUGGAUGGUGAAGGUCAUUCCUUUGUCCAAGAGGUCAUGUACGAAUGGGUUCCUCCGGUAUGCUCUCUCUGCAACUGUUUUGGGCACAAAACAUCUCAAUGCUCGAAAUCUGUUGCUGCUGAUCAGAACUCCAUUCCUAUGGAAGCUCCAUCGACUGCCCUCCCUCAAAUGACUGCCGCUUCCAAGGAACAAUUUGCCACCAGAAGCAGGAAUGGAAAAAAAAAAGAAACCGGAAAUUGGUUCAGAUCCCCUGCUGCCGACGGCUAACAUUCCUUUGACUCUUGGCCCUCGAAGCUAUUACCCGUCGGUCGCAACCCUUUCUCGGUCCUUGCGACGUCUGAUCCUGAUAUGGUUGUUGAAGCUCUACCCUGCUCUAGCGCCUUAGCCUCUAUGCUGGAACUUCCACUAUUGGAUACUCAGAAUCUGGAUGGCCACCUCGGACCUCUGCGACCCUUGGAUGAGCCCUUUCCCAUCCCAAUACCCCCUUCCUCCUCUGCUGCCUUUCCUUGGCUCUGCAACCUCGGCAUCGACCUCUGUUGCCUUAGUGAAUAAACCUAUUUCCACGCCUUCAUCCUUUAUUCAACCUCCAUCAACUCAGCCUGGCCGGUGCAUCCCUAGAUCGGCUUUCAUACCCUUAAAUCAAUUCCUACCGGUCCAAUUACUUAACGAAUUCUCUAAAUAUCCUUCGGACCAUCCUCUCUACCCUGGCAACCUCUAUAACCCGACCCAGCCAUCCAACCUACUUCUCCUAACCCACAACCCGUCCCUUUAAACUCUACCAUCCAACCUAUUACUUCUAACCCACAACCCGACCCCUUAAACCCAUCUUCUUCGCCCAAUGCUAUCCUCUGUCGUCACGAUUCUGCCGAUCGCCCUGCUACACCCUGUGCAACUCUGCCCGUCACCACCCAUCCUAGUUCCCAAUGCUUCCUUAGACCAUCUGGAAUGUGCGGGGUUUCAAUUCCCCAUCCAAGCAAGCGGAAAUCCGGUCCUUUAUUCGCUCUUCCAAAUCCAACCUCUAUUGUCUCCGUGAGACCAGAGUUCUAGAAGCCAAUGCUUCUCGAAUAGCUUCGUCAAUUGCUCUUAAUUGGUCCUUCCUUUCCAAGUACAUGCACUGCCCAAAUGGAAGGAUUUGGAUUCUUUCGGACCCCUCCACCCUCGGCAUCUCUUGUCCUUCUUCCUCGGCCCAAGCCAUCCACCUCUCUAUCUCUCACCUCUCCGGCCCUUUCAUUUGCUUUCUCUCUAUUGUUUACACCCAUAAUAGGGCCUCUCUCAGGCUUCCCCUCUAGGAUGACCUCCUUUUCGUUGCCAACUCUAUUGGCCCCAGAUCUUGGGGAAUUGCUGGGGACUUUAAUGUAAUCUGAUUCAGCCAUAAAAAGCAGGGGGUAACCCCAUUGAUACUCAGGCUGUGGACUCUUGUAAUGACUACAUUGAAGAUCUAAUCUCACAAAUCUUAGAUGGUCUGGUGUUAAGCUCACAUGGCAUAAUAGAAGAUCUGGGAUUUCCUUUGUGGCCUGUAAGCUUGACAGGGCACUUGUCAAUGAAGCUUGGCUUGACUCUUUCCCUUCAUCCCAUGCCAACUUCGGCCUUCCAGGAAAUUCUAACCACAACCCCAUCUCUAUUCACGUCCUUCCCUUCCGCUUCUUCUGUCUUAAGCCUUUCAAACUCUUUGGCAUGUGGAUCUCACAUCCGGACUUCCACUCUCUUGUCCAUAGUGCCUGGAACAGUCACACCCCCUGUUCUCCUCCCUCUCUCAUCACUUUUGCCACCAGGCUCAAGAGUGUGAAAACUGCCCUUAAGCUUUGGAACUCGUCCACCUUUGGAAACAUCUCUUCUCGGGUCUCCUCUGGUUGGGACAAACUACUCCAUUCAAUCCAGACUCCAACAGGAUCUCCUCAAAUCAAUCCUUGCUGAGGAAGAGAAAGCUGCUUCUUCUGAAUUAUGCCUCCUUCUUGAUCAAGAAGAAAGUUUCUUGCGUUAAAAAGCCCGCAUCAAGUGGCUUGAAUUUGGUGAUUCUAACUUGGCCUCUUUCCAUUGCUUUCUCAAAGCUAGAAAUAAUGCCAACUCCAUCCUGAAGUUUAUCUCCUCGGGGAUUGAGCUUCUUUCCCCUGAUCACAUUAAGUCGGAAGCUGUCUCUCACCUCCUAAGGCUCUUCAGCCCUUCCCCAACCCCCUUCCCCCAACCCCCCAUCCCCCAUAAUCUUCUCAAUAAGUUUGUCCCUGAUGAUUUUACCCCUUUUCUCUAAUCCAUCCCCAACGAGGAGGAAAUUAUCUCGGCCAUCUUAUCCCACAGGUCCAAUAAAGCUCUGAGUCCUAAUGGCUUCAGUAUGGGCUUCUUCUAGGCCUGUUGGAGCACCAUCAGAGAUGACCUUAUUUCUAUGGUGCGUAGCUUCUUCUACAAUCCUAAUCAAAUUGGUCGGAUAAGCCAUACCUUCCUCUAUUUCAUCCCCAAAAAGGAAGGUGCGAAUUCAAUGAAUGACUUCAGACCCAUUUCUCUUUGUAAUCUCUUUUACAAGUUUGUUGCCACAAUCCUAGCCAAUAGAAUCCAGAAAGUCAUUGACUCCCUUGUUAGUCCCAACCUCUGUUAGUUAAAACGGGAACGGCAAAAAAACAUUAUUCGGUACGGGCAUGUUUUAAACGGAUCAAAACGUGAACGGGAUGGUCAAAAAUACGGUCAAAUACGGCAAAAACGGGAAAAA